AUAUCACCGUAUUAGAUUUCCCAGAUCAUCAGAGUGUUGUACUAGUCGAGUCGCAAGUAUUCUAUCCACAAUGGCGGUGGUCGCCGGUUGCUCCACCUGUGUUCCUUUCCGUCCAACUUCCAUAACCUCCGGAAAGCUAGUUUCUCUUGUAAUGAAUGUCCAAAACUUUGCAUUCCUUAGAGAUGAAUGUUCUAGAACUUUGAGAACCCAUAGAGAUUUACUUGGCAUCAAUGCUGUGCAUAAGAAGGUAGAUCAUUGUGAGGGAUCAAGAGCUGCUGAAAUUGGUCAAGGGUUUUAUGAAACUAUAAACGAACCCUUCGUUUCGCAUCAGACAGACAGGCUUGUAGGAUCCUUGCCGGCAGGAGUCUUAGUCGCUAAUGCGUUGUUAUUAACUGCACCAUUAGAAGCCUUGGCGGAAACCUGUGAGGGGCAACAAUCCAUAUUUAACAUGAACAUGCCCCUGUUGCUACUUGUUGCCCUCAUUGGUGCCACUGUUGGAGGACUACUUGCUAGGCAAAGAAAAGCAGAACUACAACGGCUAAACGAACAGCUUCGCCAGAUCAAUGCAGCUCUAAAAAGGCAAGCAAAGAUAGAGUCGUAUGCACCCGCUUUAAGUUACGCUCCUGCUGCCGCUAGAGUACCUGAGAAUGAAGUGAUUGUUGAUCCAAGGAAGCAAGAGCUGACAUCCCAUCUGAAAAAUGGCAAGAAUUUCCUCAGAAAUCAUAAUCCAGAUAAGGCAUUUCUUGAAUUCAAGACUGCACUUGAGCUUGCUCAGAACAUUAAAGAUCCAAUUGAGGAAAAGAAGGCUGCAAGAGGAUUAGGAGCAUCGUUGCAAAGGCAAGGCAAGCAUCGAGAAGCCAUUAAAUACCAUAUGAUGGUUUUGUCGGUCUCGGAAAGAGAAGGAGAAGACUCCGGAAACACAGAGGCAUUCGGAGCCAUUGCUGAUUGUUACACCGAGAUUGGUGAUCUAGAACGAGCAGCUACUUUCUACGACCAAUAUAUUGCUAGAUUACAAGCAGAUUGAUUUAUUUCUUUACAACAUCAGGAACAUAAUUUUUGUAGCAGAGGCCUGUAAUGGUUUGUGGUUGUGUAUCACUCUUUUGGUUUCUUGUAAAAGCUUCAUGUGUGAUUUUUGAAGAUCUGUACGGAUCUUGCUAGUUAUCUAUCUUCUACAUAAAUAGACGUUACUCUUUUGGUUUCUUGUAAAAGGGUUAUGUGUGAUUUUUGAAGAUCUGUAUGGAUCUUGCUGGUUAUCUA